AGUGGGCGGUCCAGAUCCCAUUGCCAGAUCAAGCUCAUCCUGUAAAGCUACAACCACACACACUAGAGCCUACCUCUCCCCUGGCCUUCCUUCAGGUAUCUAGCCACAGAUGUACGUCGAGAUAUGAUCAGAUACUACUCUGCAAUUGCAUGUCAAACCUCUGCAAAGGAACGAGAAUCGCAGAAGUAGCAGUUCUUCUUCACGACGUUGCUUCAUACCCACAUUAUUAUUAUUAUAAUAGCCUUUGUAGUUUGUCAGACUUUGAAGGACACUUUGAACUGCGCCAGAGAGACAUUAAGUACCGGAGAGCAGAGAGAAAGAGAGGGGCAAAGAAAAACAAAGGGUGGGAAGUUAAAAGUAAUUAUGAAGCAUCGCCGGUGGAAAUUAAAUGACCAUUCAGGAGAGGUCCAGUGCUUUUCUUCCUAGGCCAAUGCACAAUUGAGACUCUGAGCGAGAGAGAGAGAGAGAGAGAGAGAGAGAUUUCAGAAAAAGCCAAACUUUGUGUAACCGCUGGCUUCACCUUCACGCGGCUCAACCCCUUCGUUUGUGAUAUAUCCGCCUUGGCCUUCCCUUAGAUUAUAAUCUUAUUUAUCUUCAAUACUCUCUCGUUAUCUCCUCUCUCUGUUUACUCUCUCUCUCUCUCUCUCUCUGUGGCUUGUUGGUUCUCCGCCGAGCUGUGGAAGUUGCCGGUUACUCAAUGUCGUCGACGGCCAUAAUCACCGCCGAGAAUGAAGCGGAGGGUUGGCGCUACCCUCCGCCGCUCGCCGCUCACGACGACGUCGUCGGAGACCCCACUCUUUUCUGGGACACUCUCCGUAACUUCCACUUCGAGUUGGGUACCAAAUAUAUGGUUCCUGUGAUUGGAGGGAAGGAGCUAAACUUGCACGUUCUGUAUGUGGAGGUGACCAAAAGGGGUGGCUAUGACAAGGUUGUAUCAGAGAAGAAAUGGAGAGAGAUCAGUUCAGUAUUCAUGUUUUCUCCAACAACUACUAGUGCUUCGUAUGCGCUUAGGAAACACUACUUUAGCCUUCUCUAUCACUACGAACAGGUUUACUUCUUUAAGCUGCAAGCUCCCUUCAUUGCCUCAACUGCCAUUGGGACAAUUGAUGGAAAGUUUGAUUGUGGUUAUUUGGUGUCUGUGAAUGUGGGCUCUGAGAGUCUGAAUGGAGUUCUUUACUAUCCGGACCACCCCGGCUCUUCCGUGUCCAUUAGCCCGCCAUGUACUGCCAUUGUUCCGUACCAUCCGAAACCUCGUCAUCAUUCGGGAAGGAGGAACAGACGAAGAAGGGGAGGAGACCCUAACCGCCCCAAGCCAAACAGGAGCGGAUACAACUUCUUCUUUGCCGAAAAACAUUCCGAGCUUAAAUCUCUCUACCCAGACAGAGAGAGGGAGUUCACAAAAAUGAUAGGAGAGUCCUGGAGCAGUCUCAACCAAGAGGAAAGGAUGGUUUAUCAGAGCUAUGGGUUGAAGGACAAGGAAAGGUACCAGAGGGAAAUGAAAGAAUACCGAGAGAGGGUUACGAUCCAGCAGCAAAAAGAAACCCAGCCAGCCUGCUAUUAUGCGCAAGUAGCAGCAGCAGCAGCAAUGCAAAGAACUCAAACUACAUAGUUUUCUAUGGGCGUGUAAAUAUGUCGGAAGACUGAAUCAGAUGAUCAGAAUCCAUUGGGAAUUGUGAAAGAAGUUAAAGUAGGUGAUAGUUCAAGAAUCCCACAUCGGUUGCGGAAGAUGAAGAGAGGGGGAUGAGAUACUGAUAAAAUGCGCGGAAGAGAGAAGGAGAAGGUAUCUUUGCGCUUGGGGCAAUGACGCAGCUAGUGAGGUUCUAACCGAGGCGCGUCAAUUGCUGGUUGAAAACUAUUUCCAAACCCCCUCUUAGGCCUGGGUUUGGCCCUGGCCUUCGAGAAUUUCUGGAAGGGCUCCCUCUCCUGGGUAAAGCCCUACAA